AUGGAUGUGCCACUGUUGGAGACACUUAAAGAGGCCAUACCCGCAUACACAGGACUAUCUCCGACGACUUUCGCCACUGUAGUCGCUUUGGGUCUCGCCGGCUUCUAUGUCGCCUACGGUAUGUUCGGUGGAUCCUCCGAUUGUCAUCCGCAACAAAGCUCUAGAUCACUCCACGAAGAAGAAUCGCAGCCUCUCCCGCCGCCGGUUCAGCUCGGCGAGAUUUCCGAGGAGGAGUUGAAAGCCUACGACGGCAACGAUUCUAACAAGCCUCUCCUUAUGGCGAUCAAGGGUCAAAUCUACGAUGUCUCACAAAGCAGGAUGUUCUAUGGACCAGGUGGACCAUAUGCGUUGUUUGCAGGGAAGGAUGCAAGUAGAGCUCUUGCAAAAAUGUCAUUUGAAGAUAAAGAUUUAAAUGGUGAUCUCACUGGUCUUGGUGUAUUUGAGCUUGAAGCCUUACAAGAUUGGGAAUACAAGUUCAUGAGUAAGUAUGUCAAAGUUGGUACAAUUAAGAAUCCAGAAUCUGCAACCGAGUCGUCGUCUACUACACCUGUUCAACCAGCUGAGUCAACUCAACCUGAGUCAACUCCAGAUGACCAUGUUUCGCAGAGUACAGAAAUAGCAGCGGGUGAAACCAAGGAAGAGACAACAGGUGAAGACGAUAAACAUGAGUGACUUUCUUUGUGAUGCCUUGAGGAAUUUGUAGUAUAUGGGUGUCCAUGAUUGUGACUUCUUGUAUGUUAUAAUAGUUGUAUUAUUUGGCAUAAUAUGAUGAUUAUGAUAUGUUACCUUUUUUUUUCUUUCCAAAAUGAAUGAUGCGUUUGUUGUGUAGAUUUUUAGUUGUCUUUCUGUGUAAAAAGUGUUGAUUUUUGUUAUAGACUUACU